AUGUGGAAGGAGCCCGAAUACAAGGACUUGGCUUGUGUGGUCGCAGACUGGGGCGCGUGGCAGCCCUGCUCCGUGACUUGUGGCGUCGGGAAACAGAAGCGCUUCCGGCCUUUCCCGACACAGCGCAGCUGCCGCAAGCUGAAUCCACCACCUCUGGUCGCAGAAGACCGCUACUGCAUGAAGCCGGCUUGUCCUUUGGUCGCAGGCCAUUGCGAGGCUGCCAAACCGAACUCAACUGGCAGCGCCAUGCUGUGGCAAAGCAAAGCCAGGACGAUCCCUCGCUCCGCCAAGGAGCCAC